AUGCUGCGACUGCGAAAGAAAUCGGUGGAAUUUCUUGUUCAAUCUUCUCACCAACUCCAGGCUUCUCCAUUAGUGAAAUAUACUGCUUUAUCUCUCUUCGCUGACCGAUUUCUCCCUUCUCUCACCACUUUGAUAAAACAGGGGAAUGAGAUGGGAAGUUGGCUUUUACGAUCCAUGGAACAGAGUAAUUUGCAGUUAUUUUCACUUAUUUCGAUCUGGAUCUCAAGUAAAAUACACGAUUCUCGUGCUCUACCGGUAAAAUGUUUGAAAUCAUUGGGAGACAAGUUUAUUAAAGAUCAACAUUUUACUAUUAGAGAUUUCUUGGAAGCUGAGGUGAUCUUCCUUCAGGCGUUGAAAUUUGAGAUUGGGACAUCAAAUGUGGCCUUCUUAUUCCUUGAAGAGCUUUUUCUUCAGUUCAAGGGAGUAGCAAAAGUUGGGGAAAUGGUGAGCUUUGAAGCAUGCAUGGAUGUGAUGGAUCUUCUUUAUGAAAAGGAGGAAACAUCAAUUCUUUUUAGUUGUCCAUGUUCUCUGGCUGCAUCCAUCUUGGUUACUUCAUAUGCAGUCACAGUCCCUAAACAACAGUGGGAGUUUCCUGUUCUUCCUUGGGUUAAGUUUGUAACAUCGUACAAAGAAGAGGACAUAGUUGAACAAGUCAAGGAUAUUCUUAAGCAUGUGUUUGAACCCCAUUGCUAGCCAAGGUUUCUAUAGAUCAGAAAGCAGUUUUAUGGCAAGAGAAUAA